ACCAAAUGCUCUGGGGAGCGACCAACUUGUCAACGAUGCCAAGAUAAGGAGGCGCGAUGCGUAUAUGCAGAGUCAUCACAGCCUAGUUGGGUCCGAAGGAUCAAUAUCCACCCGACGGCUGACCCAGAGUCAUGCCCGUCUGAGACCGCUAUGCCAAUUACAUCUCCUGGGAAUACAGCAUCGGGACAAGACGGUGUCCUGGGGUUGUUUGAUACUUUGCCUCCGCCGCAGCAGCAUCAGCCUUGUCCUCCGCCUGAAAGUUUGGUGGACUUGCUGUCAUCUCCACUGGAUUGGCUAGCCACACCUCACCUCCCAUCCCCCUCCAGGGUAAGGAAAUUAGUUGAUGAAUAUUUCAACAACAUCCAUCCUCUUCGUGCCUUCACGUUCAUUCAUAAGCCAACAUUUCUUCAAAGACUGGAUGGAGAACUUUCUCAGGACUAUCAGAGACAUGCUCUGCUGCAUAUCAUUUGUGCCUUGGGAGCUCAGUUUUUCGCUCUCAACUACAGCGAGACUAUAGAGGCUUUGCCCCAAAGGGCUAUCUUGAUUGCAGGGGCGCAGUGGGCUAAAACAACCCAGCGACUUAUUCUUGAAGCAUUGGACACAGUAACAAUCGAAAACCUGAUGGCAGCUGUGCUACUGCAUGACUAUGCAGUUCGACUGGGAAAUUUUGCAAAUGCGUUUAUGUUGAGUGGGAUCACCACUCGGAUGACGCAGGCACUUCAAAUCAACCUUGAGUUCAACAUUGACAUUCUGUGCCACGACGACGAUGGAGGCCUUUCAGUUACUGAAAAAGAGUCUCGGAGACGCCUGAUGUGGAGUUGUUAUGUCAUGGAUGCCCUCGUUGGCAGCGGAGUCGACCAACUCACCCUCAUGGAUGAAAGGGAUAUCAAGAUCCAGCUUCCAUGUAACGAGCGAAAUUUUACCCAACAACUCCCCUGCCUCACAGAAACUCUUUCUCCUGGAAGUUGGCUUAAAAUACUACCAGGGCAUUUCGAGCCUGAUGCUCUUUUGCCCAACAUGGGCAUAAUGGCAUAUUUCAUCCGACAUAUUUCGAUCCGGAAAAGGGUUCUGAGAUACAUCAAGCAUUUGGGAGAUGCUAUCGUCCCUUGGGAUCCCGAGUCCGAGUUUUCGGUUUUGGACUCCGACUGCCGAGCGUGGUAUGCAUCACUUCCCCCAAGUCUGCAGUUCACACCAGCAGCAGUCUAUAUUCGCAAAGAUACAUCACAACUGGGGGCUCUUUGCUUGCUUCACUGUGCCUAUUAUCAGACCAUCUGUGAUUUGUACCGACUCGGGGCUCCAGCUCUUUACAAACUCCGAGCAGCCUUUGACUUUCCACCGGAGCAGCACGAUUUCCUUCGGCAUCUCCAGCAGGUUCUUUUUGAUGCUGCUAGAGCGUUGGCGAGUAUCAUAGGACAGACAGCUUGCCAUGGGCCUCGAAUGUUAUCAGACUCCUGGCUCCCUACGAUAUUAUACGACAGCUGCCGCAUCAUGAUAUACCACCUAACCCAGGUCCUCGACCCUGAAUUAGAAUCUACCAAGUCCUUGAUAAUAACUACGAUUCCUUUGCUUCAUGGUAACAUUAAUGGACUCAGGCUAAUGGGAUCUCUUAAUUCCAUUGCAAAUUCACUGUGUGCAGCGGCGGAAACAAUGCUUGAUCGAUCCGGUAUAGAGUCAGAGAUAGUCCGUCAGAAUAUCAUUCCCGAUGAUCCGUACCAGCCUAAUAAAGCGGACGACCCAAGUGAACUAUCCUUGGAACCACCAGUACAAAGUGCCCCGGAUUACGUCCUGAAUCCUUUGACUAUCUUCCGAAUGGCGCGUAAAUCGAUUCCCGAACGUCAUGCUCCAGAAACUGUUCGCACCUCAUCCGCUCCAAGUAGUACUCUGUAUGAUCAGAGUGGUGAUUUUGACAACCCGUCUUGUGGGGCAUCUAGCAAAUCCCGGUCUGGUGAGACAGCAAUUGAGCCAGGUCUCGGUCAUGCGAGUUUGGAAGAGCUACAGAAUUUGUUCAUGUCCGAUUUAGGCUGGGCAUGGCAGCCUGCAGACACGGCGGUUGGGUCAGGAACCGAGGGGGCUGGUCUGCUCCCGUGGGCUGGAGGAUAUCCCUCUGCUCAGACGGAGUCCUGGUUACCUGUGUUUCCAUUUCCGCAAAACUAA